CGUUUCAGACUUUGAGACUGGGAAGGUCUGUUUCUACGUGAGUUCCACAGGGAAGCUGGGCCGAUAUCACUGCUGCUCACAUCUGUGACCUUGAGCAGACGCAAAGGUGAUUCCGAGAGAGACCUGCGUUUCUCCCCGAGUGCAGCAGCCCCCUGGGAUGUGGGAAUAUGGACUUGCUCAGGAUUACCACGUGGUUUUGCUUCAUGUGUCAGCUGGAGGCCAGAGUUUCAUCUACGACCUCGAUACCGUCUUGCCAUUUCCCUGUCCCUUCGACACGUACGUGGCAGGUGCCUUUAGGUCUGACGAGGAUAUCCACCCACAGUUUAGGAGGAAGUUUAGAGUGAUCCGGGCAGACUCCUACCUGAAGCACUUUGCCUCUGACCGCUCUCACAUGAAGGACGCCAGUGGGAACUGGAGAGAGCCUCCCCCACCAUACCCCUGCAUCGAGACCAGGGAUUCCAAAAUGAACCUGAACGAUUUCAUCAGUAUGGAUCCUGAGGUAGGAUGGGGCGCUGUCUACACGCUGUCUGAAUUUGCACAUCGGUUUGGCAGCAGAAAUGACUGAACUUGUCAUGAGGACAUGGACAGCAGAGACGGUCCAGGAUAUUGGUGUCACCUUUGAUGAUGUGAAAUACUUGAGAAUGUUUCGAUCAUAGAUGAGACCAUGGCUUUGGAAUCACAUGUGCCUUUUUGAAGCUGUCUCAGUCGUUUGGCUUUAAUCAUAUAAUUCCAAAUAAAAGACCCUUGGCAUUAAACUGG